UAUAUUUAAUGUUACAAUUUCAACUAUACUUAAUAAAAAAUUAAAUGAUUGUUCUAUUACAUCUGAUCAUAUUUAUCAAAACAUUUAAAUAAUAAACUGUAUUACAAAUCAUGUGAGUUAUUUAUUUAAAAAUUAUUAUUUAAAUUUGAAUAGAUUGUCAAUUAUGUGUUAAAAAUGCUUUGGAAAUUCAGUACCUAGUAUUAUAAACAUCCAACUAACUUGAAAUUUUAAAAAAAAAUAUACUUUCAUUUUAUUGUCCUUAAAUGAAUAGUGAUACAUCAAGUGACAUAACUAAUGUUAAGAAUGAUGAAAUUGUUUCAAUACAUAAUGCAUAUAAAAAGGAAUUUAGUCGUAUCAGUGAAGAACAUCACUACAAUUUAAAUGGUCUAGAAAAAUGCUACAAAGAACAAAUACUAUGUAUAAUUAAAGAAAAGGAUUCAAUAUCACUUCAAUUGCUAUCAAUUUUUCAAUCUUUAUAUGAGCAUUUUCAAGAUAAGUUAAAAAAAUUGAAGCCAAAAAAUUAUAAAAUAAUUGACACUUCUGGUGAGAAAAUAGAUUUUAUCAAUGAAACAUAUCAAUGUAUCAUAAAUAGCUAUGAAGAUAAACAACAAGAUUUAUUCAAAGAAAUUUUAGAAUUAAAAAAGAUUAUCAUGGAAGAAAAGAAGAUUAAUUCAAUUAAUUUUCUAGAAAAAGAAAAUUUUAUUUUAAAACAGAAUUUGAAUUCGAAUGAAUUAAAAAGAAAUUCUAAGUCAGAGUUAAUAACAGAAGUUCUAUUAUGGUGCUUAGGUGUAAUUAUUUAUCAAAAAAAGGGUAAAAUAUCAAAAGAACAUUCAAAAAUAGAGUAUUUACUUGAACUUCUUUUAGUUAUUACUAUAAUUUGGCAUUUGGGAAAAUUUGGAGAAGAUCGUGGAACAGUCUUACUAAAUUUAGUUAUUUGUGGAAUUAUAUGUUGUAUUUUCUGCUUUUUAUAAAACAUAACUAUUUUUAUUAUUUUAGUUGUGUAAAAUUUUUUCCUUAAACUAUUAAUUUUGUAGUUCUAUUGAAUAUUUAUAUAUCAUGUUAAAAUUACAUUUUUUAUUACCAUUUUAAAACCAUAAAAUGUCAGUUGAAUAAUAAUUAAGUAUAUUUUUUUUAUAUACCAAAUAAAUAUCAACAAGAUAUAUUUUUGUUAAAUGAUUCCAAAAAUAAAAGUUCAUACACUGAUUGAUUGAAUAAUUUGUAUCCAGUUAUCAUAGUUGAUCUUAAUUAUUUUAAAAUUUCAUUAUAAAACUAUGAAUUUGAAACAUUAUGUUAAACUGUUUAGAUGAAUAAAUUAAAUACUGGGUGUAAUGCAUAUAUACACAAUUAAUAGUCAGUUAUAAAUAUUUUUAAUA